AUGUCUUCGCCCAAGGACUACGUGUUGGAGGUGACUCCGAUGCCUCAGGAUUCCGACAGUGGGCUCAUCAAGUUUACCGUAAAGCCUCGGCCCGGACUUUUUCGAUAUAUACAAUUAUCAUUGGCAUCUGCGAUUUCGGUUGCAAUCGUAGCGAUCAUAGCACAUGAAUUUUUCAGCAUGGGAGGAUUCCAGGGGAUCUGGGGCCGCCUGAACUACCCCGAAAGCACAUUUGUAUGGUCAUUGGUGGCACAGAGGUUUCAAAACGUUCCAAUCAACGAACCACGUUUUUUGGUGUUGUUGGGAUUGAUCUUGAUUUUGGCAUUUUUGAUGUGUAAACGACAACCGGAAGACUCCAUGUUGGUGAUUCGAGACGUUGGGAUCCAGUUGGAUUCGGUUCUGGGAUGGCGAUUCACCAAUAAGAGUGACAAGAGCAUGUUCAUUGCCCUGAAAGAUAUCAUUGAUAUCGUAAUAAAUGAGGGCUUUCAUGGUUACGGCCAAGUAAUAUUCUACAUGUGCAUACUAAGACGGUCGCAAAAAGACGAUACAGAAGAAAAACCAUUGCAAAUAGUAUUUCCACAGUUGUUGCCGCGAAAAGAUAUUUUGCUUCAGGUGUGGAAACAAAGUCGCCAGGUGCUCUUUGGAAGUUCGCGCCGGUACUGGCGCCGUGUUCCGGGGCAGGGCCUCCGCGAGUGCAGCAUGGAGGAUCUUACAAAAAACACCUGA